AUGUUCCAGAACAAUGCCGGAGAUGAUCUGGGCCACCAGGGCUUAGCAAAUGACUGUGACCCAACAGGAAGUUGCCUAGAGCCUGAGCUUGGACACCCAUCUUCAAUUCCUGACAAUGUCAACCAUUCAUAUCUGUCAUUCCAGGCCAAUCUUCUGGACAAUCUCAAUGAGGAUUUGGAUGCUGGCUAUCCAGCAUACCAUAACUUGCAUGACUCUCAGCAUUGGACAAGUUUACAAGGUAAAAUGAUAUGCGACAUUUUUAACAUGACCCUGGAUGGGCCAUGGAAUCAUUACUGGUUCCAAGGUGCACAAAACCUGGCAUUAGAGUUGGAGAUGCAGGAUUUGGUCACAAGAGAUAUGAAUCUAGACCUGGACUCGAGUUUGGGUCAGAGUCCUACCCUAUCCCUGUCCACACCCACCUUUGGACCAAACAACACUCCUCCUCACUCCUCCUCCUCACCCCUCAAGACCCUCUCCUACCCUACCUCUGUCCGCUCUGAUAUUCACCUUCGGACCUGA